AUGUCUGAAACAUCUCGUGAUGAACUUAAUACAAUCAAUGAUGAUCAACUAUCUGAAAUUAAUAAUAUCUUAUCAUCUGCUGUUCAACUUGAUUCAACAACAAUAACAUCCAAUAAUGUUGUACAAAAAUUUGUUUCUGAUAUGCAUAACGAUGCAAUAGAACCUAGUAAACUGUCUAUUUCUAAAUAUGAACUUUCUUUUACUGUUCAACCUUAA